AUGUCAUUUGUGGAACAGAGUCUCCAUGCGGUAAUUAAAGGCAAUAACCGACAAAAGUACCCGAAGCUCGUUCGCCACAAUCAGGCAGCACUCAUUCAACGUAUCAGCGGUGACCCUGAGCUUAAGGCGCGGUACAAGGAGCUCUAUAACCAUCGCGAGUACUAUACUAAAAAGCUAGCGUUAUUCCUUGAAGAAUUGGUUGAUGAUCCCCCAAAUGAUGACUACCAAGGCCCUGAAGAUGCUACGACCAUUGCCAAUCGCCACCACGCUCUAAAGUACUGUCGCCACCGGUUAUCGCCUCUGCGACGGCAAUUGAUUAAAGACAAGAUGCUGAGCCACUGGGACCUCCAGCACCUGUGGCACCAACAGAGACAACAAAUAAGUGAUGAGGGACAACGCGAGAUUGCUGAGCUUGAAGGUAAACUGGGCAAUUGUGACGGUAAGCUGCUGUGUGGCCAAAUGAAACUUGCCGGUUUCCGCGACCAACAACUUAAUAUGAAACGAAAACAGCUACAAGAUAAGCUUAAUAGGUUUGAUGAAAAUAUUUUAAAAGAGUGUGGUCGGUUGGCUGAGGCGAACACUGAGUUUCUACGAGAAUCGCGUAUACCCUUUUUCUGUCUACAACCAUCAUUAAAAUACCCGGAACUUGAUGACGAUAAAGCGUGGAUGAUCCAACAACUCCAACAAUUGCUCGGUGAUUGA